GGGAAAACAAAAUGCCGAGAGCUGUCAAAAUUCAGAAAAAAGCUUUACGUUGCGGCUUGGUUUUUCGUCUGCUGGUAAAUUUGCAAAAUUUAUAGUUAAAAUUUCCAAUAUCAGAUAAGCGGUAGAAUGUCCCAGCGCUUUCCACCCGCUGGCCCAGGUAGCGCCCCUGGUGCACCUGUACCGCAGCGCUACCCUCCGUCUCCGGCAGGGCAGCCGUCUCAACCACCCCCAGGGAUGCGUCCUUAUGGACCGGGUAACAAUUUUCCGCCUCGCGGAUACACCCCUCCCCCGCAGAUGUCAGGUGGUCCACCGCCGCAAAAUCCACCACCGAUGCACCAGCGGCCAAUGCAGCCCGGAUUCGGUCAGAGCAGCAGCAUGAGAGGUUCUCCGAUGCCUAGUGGAUCAUCCGGUAGUAGUAAACGCCCGGCGGAUAAUCGUAGCGCUAGCAGUCAGCCACCGCAAAAGAAUGAAUACCCAACAAAGAAAAAGAAGAAGCUGGCGGAUAAAAUCCUCCCGCAAAAGGUACGCGAUCUGGUGCCAGAAUCUCAGGCCUACAUGGACUUGCUAGCGUUCGAGCGAAAACUAGACGCAACAAUCAUGCGCAAAAGAUUAGACAUUCAGGAAGCACUGAAGCGUCCGAUGAAGCAGAAGCGUAAGCUACGCAUUUUCAUUUCAAACACUUUCUAUCCGAGCAAGGAAAAUGAAGGUGGCGAUCAGGGUUCGGAAAGCUCGGUUGCCUCGUGGGAACUGCGGGUGGAAGGUCGUUUACUGGAGGACAACAAAUCCGACCCGAACAAGAUUAAACGAAAGUUCUCCAGUUUCUUUAAAUCGCUGGUUAUUGAACUGGACAAGGAACUGUACGGACCGGACAACCAUCUGGUCGAGUGGCAUCGUACGCAUUCCACACAAGAGACGGAUGGAUUUCAGGUUAAACGCCCAGGCGAUCGCAACGUUCGUUGCACCAUUUUACUGCUGCUGGACUAUCAACCGUUGCAGUUCAAGCUGGAUCCACGUCUAGCUCGCUUACUUGGCGUUCAUACGCAGACACGCCCGGUCAUUAUUUCGGCCUUGUGGCAGUACAUUAAAACUCACAAACUGCAGGAUGCUCACGAGCGUGAGUACAUUACUUGUGACAAAUAUUUGGAACAGAUCUUCGGGUGCCAGCGGAUGAAGUUUGCUGAAAUCCCCCAGCGUCUCAAUCCGCUUCUACAUCCUCCGGAUCCAAUUGUGAUCAACCACGUAAUCACCGUGGAGAGCGGUAUGGAAAGCAAGCAGACCGCUUGUUACGACAUCGACGUUGAAGUGGACGACACGCUGAAGAAUCAGAUGAAUAAUUUCCUGCUGAGCACGGCUUCUCAGCAGGAAAUUCAGACAUUGGACGGCAAAAUUCACGAUACCGUCGAGACUAUUAAUCAGCUUAAGACGAAUCGGGAGUUUUUCCUUAGCUUCGCUAAGGAUCCGCAAACGUUCAUCCACAAGUGGAUUGUGUCGCAAACGCGUGACCUUAAAACGAUGACCGACAUCGUUGGCAAUCCGGAAGAGGAGCGACGGGCUGAAUUCUACUAUCAACCGUGGACUCAGGAAGCGGUAUCGCGAUACUUUUUCACCAAGGUAAACCAGAAGCGAGCUGAACUGGAGCAGGCACUUGGGAUCAGGAACUCCUAGAAGCGGGAGGAACAGGAGGACGUGGCGAGCGAUCCUCGACCGGACUAGGGGACUUCUGAUGGAUUGACACUUUCUCUUUGUAAUGUAAGGUAAGCAUCAUAAUAUGCACGUUCUGCGUCGGUUUGCUUAUGGCAAGCUUAUCGUGGGUCAAACUUUUCUUUAAAUUUAGAACACCAGCGGUGCGGUAAAAUAUAUAAGCGAAUAUAACCAAUAAAGUUUGCUGUAGACAUACGUA